AUGGAAGAUCAGAGAGAUCUGGGUGGCAGCAGCAUGGCCAAAGAAUCCCAACAUAGAAAGAUUGAUUGGCAGGCCAGAAGGAAGGAGGUCUUGCUAUCAGGUUUCACCAAGAGCCCAUACCCGAGCUUCAGUGCCAGGCAGGAAUUGUCCAGGGAAUUCAGGCUCACAGAGUUCUGCAUCCACAUGUGGUUUCAAAACCGCAGAAAUGUAACUGGCAUGUCGGGGAAGACCCCAAAGCUGUCCAUGCCAGGCUUACGUCACAAAGCCUUCCAACCACCCCCUAAAGAGCUUGGUGCCAGGGCACAAGAAAGAGGCAUGCCCUCAGAAAGGAAGAGGCUUCCAACGCGACUUAACCCGGCACAGAUCAGCAAGCUAGUGCAAGCUUUUGAGACUGGUUUUCCAGGCUAUGCUACAAGGGUGUGACUGGCACAGGUUUCCUCGAGGACACAGUCCAAAAUAUGGUUCCAGAACAGAAAAGCCAGGUACCACCACACUGGCGGCAGCACAGUUAAAGGUCAUGACCUGCUGGCCUCUCCUGACCCGGAUAGAGCUGGAACAUUGUGUGGUAAUGAGCAGGAGGAUGCCCAGGACCGCUUGCUGCCAUUGGGUUCUGCAGGAGGUAUGUGUGGAGAAACGUUGCGCCCAACAGCCAAGCCCACUUUUUCCUUAGAGUCCUUGCCUGUGGCAGCACAGUCCUACCCAGAAGCCCAGAUCUUCCUUGAUCAACAGCUGACCAAAAAGGGAAAUUGA